AUGGCUUCGAACCCACCAGGAAAAUGCUGCUUUAUGGGACACCGCCACACUGGUGAGCCAAAGGGUGAACACAAGGAUGUGUUUGGUUUGAACACUUACGUGACCGGAGACUCGAGUAACGACAAGAUUAUCGUUGUUUUGACAGAUGUGUUCGGAAACAAAUUCAAGAAUGUCUUGCUCAUCGCAGACAAAUUGGGUGAAGAAGGAUUCAAAGUGUAUAUCCCGGACAUUCUCUUCGGAGAUGAGAUCGAGUCGCUGGAUGGAUCGGUCGACUUCAACGCUUGGAAAGCCCGUCACUCAGCGGAGGCAACACGAAGUGUCGUGGAUCCAUUCAUGGCUAAACUUCGUGAGGAGUUUUCUCCAAAAUUCGUCGGUGUCAUUGGGUACUGUUUCGGUGCUAAAUACGCCAUACAACAAAUUGACGCCAAGAGUGGUCUUGCUGAUGCUGCAGCCCUUGCACAUCCCUCAUUUGUGUCUAUAGAGGAAGUGGCAGCAAUUGGCUCUAAGCCUUUGUUGAUUUCUGCUGCCGAAACAGACAAUAUCUUCCCUGCCGAAUUGAGACGUCAAACGGAAGACAAAUUGAAGGAAAUUGGUGCCAGAUACCAAUUGGAUCUUUUCAGUGGCGUUUCUCACGGAUUUGCUUGCAGGGGAGACCUUAGCGACCCUGUUUUGAAGUAUGCGAUGGAUAAGGCCUUGCUUGACCAGGUUUACUGGUUUCAACACUUUUCGAAAAACGCCUAA